CUUUGUCUACGGGGCCAGGCCCGUCUGGACAGUCUUCGCCACAACAAGAUUUCACUUUUCGACCCGAAUUAUUCGGAGUUUCAUUUAAUUCAGAUGAUGGAUACUUUUCGCCCGCUCUUAAUGAAGAUACCUUCCAAUUCGCUACGACCGCUGAUCAGUUAGAGGAACGGCAUCGCUGUCUUUUUGCAAAGUUGUCAAAUCAAUGUCAAAUUGAUGUUUGAGUUUUAAUUAUAUUACUCUAUGGUUUUAACUUAUGUCCGCUUGAUCAUAUCACGUUUGCCGUUAUUUAGGCCGAUUAAUUUCGCAUUCCACUUACCAGUUACCAGCAGAAUCACAAAGUAAGUAGGUAAUAUAGUGGCAGAAUUAAAAGCUGAUACAUAGAAAAAAAUUGCUAAAGCAAAUUUUUGUAGUCAACGACACAUUAUAUUAUUGACGUUAAAGUUCUUCUCUAUCCUAUAACCCAUUGAGCCCCGAGCGGCCCGAUCUGACCACGACACAAUAGAUUUUUGUGUCUGUGAUUCCGGGGGCUGAGUUAAUAAUAAGUUGUGGUUGUGGUUAACCCUUGAUUGGAAACCGAACAUCAGCAUAUAAAAUGGAUAGUGGUGAUCAACAUGAUGAUGAUUUCUAUGAAUAUCCUGACGAUGAUGGAAUGUAUAUGCCUGAUAUGGGUCCACAUAUGGGCCCAUCAAUGAAUUUUGGAAACAAUCGAUAUCGUUUUGCUUACGGUGCUUAUAGAGGAGGUUAUGGGUCAGUGGGUGGAAGAGGGGGAUUCGGCCCACCGAGGCACUUUGGCCCGCCGCCUAAUUUUGGCCCGCCACCUAAUUUUUGCCCUGGUCCUGCAAAUUUUCCCAACUUUCAAGGGCCUGGAUUGUGCUCUAGAAGACCACCGUUUCUAUCUAGACCACAAAAGACUGAAACUAUCAAAUAUUUAAUUAAGUGUGGCGUACCAUGGGAAAAUGUAAGGCAAUUACCCCGAGAUCUCUUGCGUCUGAUUGACCCAGAAUACUGCGGCCUUUGCGCGAUAGAAUUGGAUUCUUUUAACUUGUCUCGUGUCCACUAUAAUUCUAAAAAUCAUCUGAAAAACCAGAAGAAAUGGCUAAACAAUCGAAUGGAAUUUGCAAAUACGAUGCGGGGUAAGAUGAAUCCUAUGAAAUCUCGUGAUUUAUAUUGCGAGCUAUGUGAUGUGCAGAUCACUUCAAAGGUUCAUUCCGAAUCACACUAUAAUGGAAAAUCUCAUCGAGCGAUUGUUGAGGGACGUAAAAAUCCCAAGAACCCAAUAUUACUACAACCCGGCAUGGAGGAUCGCGCUACACAACUUAUUCGCCGAGAGAAAAGGUGUUUAGUACCUUUAGACGAGGUAGAGACUGAAGAAAAACCACAGGAGAAGCCAGUCGCGGCGGAGCUGUAUUGUGAUAUUUGCAAGACUUUCGUGACAUGCAGUGAGCAAAUGACGCUACAUAUGAACGGGAAGAAACAUCUAAAUAAGGAAAAGCAACAUAUCCUAAGAAUGAUGAAGGGAGAUAUAGAUCCUAAUGAUGACACCUCAAAUAAAGAUCAGCAAGGAGUUGAAGAUGGCGCGGCUGAUGACUACGAGGAAGGUGGGAAUGGAAAAGAUGCUGCUGAUGAUGAUUGGGAAAAUAGCGGCGAAAACUGGGAUGAGCCGAAAACACAAGCCUAAUUAUUGAAGCUUCAGAUGAAGAACUUCCUGAUUGUUCAGUUGGAUGGAAGCACUAUUAUUUCUGAAAAUAACAUUAUGUAUUUCAUAAAAUAUUGUACACACUGGUGUGAAUGAAUAAUUAUAAGCACUUUUCAAUG